UCGCUGAAAGAAGGUGCAGCUUCUUGAACAGGAAGGCGUUUCGUGGCAGAGUCUAAACGAAACAGAAGUUGCUUUGUGUGUGCGCACGCAUGCACACACACACACACACACACACACACACACACACACACCCCCACCCAGAGUCGGGGAACCGUCAUUUUCCUACGCGCCCUCUGACAUCAGCCACCUUCUCUGUAGCUAGUUUCUCUGCACACAACUUAAUCCCUGGCAAUGAAAAAUGAACCUCUCCCCCACCCUUGCUGCCGCCUCUCGCCUCACGCCCCCAGAGAAGAGUUUCUCCGCCAGGCAGCAGGUGAAGGUUUUUUUCCAAGUCACAUGAUUCAGGAUUCAGGGGGAGAAUCCUUCUUGGAACAGAGAUGGGCCCAGAACUGAAUCAGAUGAAGAGAGAUAAGGUGUGAUGUGGGGAAGACUAUAUAAAGAAUGGACCCAGGGCUGCAGCAAGCACUCAACGGAAUGGCCCCUCCUGGAGACACAGCCAUGCAUGUGCCGGCGGGCUCCGUGGCCAGCCACCUGGGGACCACGAGCCGCAGCUAUUUCUAUUUCACCACAGCCACGCUGGCUCUGUGCCUCGUCUUCACGGUGGCCACUAUUAUGGUGUUGGUAGUUCAGAGGACGGACUCCAUUCCUAACUCACCUGACAACGUCCCCCUCAAAGGAGGAAAUUGCUCAGAAGACCUCUUAUGUAUCCUGAAAAGGGCUCCAUUCAAGAAGUCAUGGGCCUACCUCCAAGUGGCAAAGCAUCUAAACAAAACCAAGUUGUCUUGGAACAAAGAUGGCAUUCUCCAUGGAGUCAGAUAUCAGGAUGGGAAUCUGGUGAUCCAAUUCCCUGGUUUGUACUUCAUCAUUUGCCAACUGCAGUUUCUCGUACAAUGCCCAAAUAAUUCUGUCGAUCUGAAGUUGGAGCUUCUCAUCAACAAGCAUAUCAAAAAACAGGCCCUGGUGACAGUGUGUGAAUCUGGAAUGCAAACCAAACACGUAUACCAGAAUCUCUCUCAAUUCUUGCUGGAUUACCUGCAGGUCAACACCACCGUAUCAGUCAAUGUGGAUACAUUCCAGUACAUAGAUACAAGCACCUUUCCUCUUGAGAAUGUGUUGUCCAUCUUCUUAUACAGUAAUUCAGACUGAACAGUUUCUCUUGGCCUUCAGGAAGAAAGCACCUCUCUACCAUACAGUAUUUCAUCCCUCCAAACACUUGGGCAAAAAGAAAACUUUAGACCAAGACAAACUACACAGGGUAUUAAACAGUAUACUUCUCCUUCUGCCUCUUGGAAAGAUACAGCUCCAGGGUUAAAAAGAGAGUUUUUAGUGAAGUAUCUUUCAGAUAGCAGGCAGGGAAGCAAUGUAGUAUGGUGGACAGAGCCCCACAUGGGAAUCAGAAGGGAUGAAUGGAUGUCCCAGCCCAACCACUAAUUCACUGUAUGGUCUUGAUCUAUUUCUUCUGUUUUGAGAGCCUCCAGAUAAAAUGGGGCUCCAGUACCAGAGCAGCUAGCAACUCUGCCCUAAUGGGAAAUGAAGGGGAGCUGGAUGUGAGUGUUUACACUGUGCCCUUCAUGGGAUACUUCUUUUAUCUGCAGAUGGCCUAAUGUUUAGUUGUCCAAGUCGCGAUCAAGGACUCUCUCACACAGGAAGCUUCCCUAUGCUGGCAGAUACACUUGUGACUGAACCAUGCCCAGUUUAUGCCUGUCUGACUAUCACUCUGGCGCUGGGAGGCUGAUCUUGUGCUCCAUAUGAUCCCACCCCUAGGAACCCCCAGGGAAAACCAGGCCUGGGACAGCCCCCUGUUCCUGAGAUGGAAAGCACAAAUUUAAUACACCACCACAAUGGAAAACAAGUUCGAAGACUUUUACUUACAGAUCCUGGACAGAAAGGGCAUAAUGAGUCUGAAGGGCAGUCCUCCUUCUCCAGGUUACAUGAGGCAGGAAUGAGAAGUCAGACAGAGACAGCAAGGCAGUUAACAAGGUAGGUAAAUAAAUAGGGUGUGGUCACUCUCAAUUCACUGGCAAAUGCCUGAAUGGUCUGUCUGAAGGAAGCAACAGAGAAGUGGGGAAUCCAGUCUGCUAGGCAGGAGAGAUGCCUCUAAGUGCUUGUCCCUGGCCAAAGGUGUGGCAUAGAACUGGAAUAUCAAGGGUGACUAAGCCCGGCUUCUGGUAUGAGAAAAUUAAACUUGUAUACAAAAUGGUUGCCAAGGCAACACAAAAUUAUAAGAAUUCACUAUACCUUCCCCUCCCUGGAACUCAGGAUCCAAGCUAGAAAAUGGAAGGACUGGGUUUGAAUUGCUUCAAAACCUCUUCCAUCUCAGAAGACCAGACCCUGGGAACUGAGAUUCCAGACACAAUUUUGGAAGCUCUCCAACCAAAAUAAGGCCCCCCCAUCCCAGUAUACAACUGAAGACACUAGUAGCACCUGACUGCAUCUCAUCUCAGCAGAGCCAGAAUAUGGGGACAAGGUUCAGGGUGCCCUGCUGAAUGGUGUGAACAGCAGGAUCUCAAGGAUGUAAUGGAAAGAACUACCACACUGACCAUCCAGAAUCUAAGAGACCAUCUGGGUGUUUGGGAAACCAUCUGAUGAGGCCUGACUCUAUUCCAGUUAGAGUGACAAUAAUUGAGCAGCAGGCAUUUUUCAUUUCUGGUCAGGAAAGCAUUGUGCCUUUAGCAAACAAUCAGUGUGCAACAGUGAUGUGGUCAUCUAGCCAGGGAAUGGCUGCUCCAUCUCGUGCACAAUAUAUUCCUGCUUCAAACACUUCUCAGAAAACCAGUUCCACGAGGGUUUUUAAAUCCCCACAAAGUUGUUGACAGACAAUGAUGACCCUGGAAGUGGGGAGGAGGACUUCUGAGAAACAGCAACCUCUCUCCUGAUUAGGGUAGCCAUGAGAUUUCUCUAGCUAUAUCCAACUUGGCACCUGUACAUCAUCUUUGGAGGAACAUCUUAUCUGUGGAAGAACCUUGACAAGCCGUUUGAGAUGGAAUGUAGGCUCUGAGGUUAUGCUUCAGUAAAAAAAGAUGGAAGCUUCCCUGCUAUCCCAAAACAUGGAGCAAAAUUUACAUUUUUCUCAAGAAGGAGAGAAAAGGAGUAGGACUCCAGCAAAGUUUGUCAGAAGAAAAGCUAGAAAAGAUUUAAAAGAAAAAAAGAAAGAACAAAUCAGCAGUGGUGGUAUGGAUGAGAGGGACUUGAGAGAACAAAAAUGGCUAAGGGAAAAUUUUAAGUCAUCUGCUGAGCAGUGUGCUGUGUCAACCUCCUCCUAGGUCUCCUCUAUGAAAUAUUUAGUAAAGUCUACAUUUCUCUUUAACUCUUUCUGUGAGUAGAUUCUUUGGGAUAAGCAGGCAUUGGAAGAGGUGUUGAAUUCAGCAAGCCAAGUGGUCUGUGGUAAAAAACAGACUUUGAGACUCAAGGCUAAAAAAACAGGGAAAUGGCUGGCAUUUGAGUCACACACUAACUGCAUAGGACAAAUGAAUCUUGUUUAAACCAACUCAUGCAUUCUUGAAAAGGUAUAUGCAACCCAACUGUGUGUUAACUAAGCAAUUUUUUUGCCAUCUCACAUUCUAACUCGAGAAAGAUUCCAUUUUCAUUUUUCACCAACUGUUCUCUGAGCAGAGGUACCUGACUUUUGCACUGUGAGUGGUUUCUAAUCUCAGUCUCUGUCAAGCAAUGCUAAGAAAGCCAACCCCUAAAGACACAAGGGGUACAUCAUUUAAAUGAAUAAUGUAACCAAACAAAAAAAAAAGAAGGAAAAUAAUCAUUAAUAACUCAACUGAUAGAUAUGUAGGGAGUAGGCAACCCAGGAAGUUUAAAACUAAAUUCCGUUACUCUUGAGGGUUAACCAGCCCCUGGGAAUGUUAUGAGCAAAUGAUACUCUGCGAGUAAAAUGAUAUCUAUGCAAGAAAAAUAAAUAAUUUAUCUAACUGGGGACCCAGGCUACCUAAAACAUAUGCCUCUUUGGUAAAAACUCAACUUGAGCUCCUUCCCUUCUUCCUACCCUCUGAACCCCACCUCCCCACCACACACAUACACACACACUCAGUGUACUUGCAGAACUUGUAGAGGAAGAUGGUAAGUGAGCUGAUAAAAACAUAACAAGUCAAUGUAGAGUCAUCCAAACUGGAGUGGAGUGGUGCGAUCUCGGCUCACUGCAGCCUCCCCUUCCUGGGUUCAAGUGAUCCUCCUACCUCAGCCUCCUGAGUAGCUGAGACUACAGGCACGCACCACCACACCCAGCUGAUUUUUGCGUUUUUAGUAGAGACGGGGUUUCACCAUGUUGGCCAGGCUGAUCUCGAACUCCUGACCUCAAGCAAUCUGCCCACCACGGCCUCUCAAAGAGCUAGGAUUACAGGCAUGAGCAACCACACCUGGCCUCUAACCCUUUUCUGAAUAAUAUAUUGACCAUGUACUGAGUCUAUAGAGGAUAGAGACCACCUGUGUCUCACAUUCAAAUCACCAUCCUGGAGUGACCGGGGCGAGAGCAAGGAAGAGCAGAGGAAACCUCUGAAUGUGGGGACUGUCCAAAGUAAGGUUGGAAAGACGUGACCUGAGGAAUUGCAGAAAGGCUACAGGAGGCCCUACCAAGGCUGGUGGGAAAUAAUGGAGAUUGGAAUAUGAGACUGGGCUCAAAUACCAGCUCUCUCACUAACAACACUCGAGGACUUCGCAAGUGUCUGCUCCCUGCUGGGCUUCCAACCAAUGGGACUUCCAUCAAGCCUGGCAGAUCUCUCAGGAGUGUUCUAGAGAUGAUACAGGCUGGCUUCUCCUUCCUCUUAAUUUAAAGGUUUGUCCCUUCCAUCCCAGAAUAAGUGGUAUUCCUGGAAUUGUGGGAGGCUCCCUUGUCUGACAGAUUCUGCCAGCUUCCCUCAGCACUUCCUGCCUUUAGUUCUUGUCCACAUCAAAACCUCUUAGGGCACUAGGCUAUUCUCUGAGCCAUCCUUUAUGUGACUGGAGAUUCUGAGAAGGAAUUAGAUAGUAGAGUUAUUGUAGAGUAACUGCUAUAUAUUUAAUUGUUUGAAUAUACCAUAGUUUGUCCAUUCUUCUAUGCCAGAACAUUUAAUUUGCUCUUAGGUUUUUGCUGUUACACACAAAGCUACAAUAAGCACGUCUUCUUCUUGCACACCUCCCACCCCUAGUUGCAAUUUUUCUAUACAGCAAAAAUACUCUUGGAAAAUUAUAAAUGGUGUCACAAAGACACUGAGUUAACCAUGGCUAGCGAGGGUUUAGACACCUCUGUGAUCAGAGGUCAUGACCUGGAGCUUAGUCUCUGGAAUCUGAAUGCCUCCUUCCAUACUUUCUAAGUACUUCUCUGCUCUGUACAUUCAUUCAACACACAUAUCCCAAGUGCCAGUGAGUGCCAGGUCAGUUUACAAUCCAGCAUGGUGUGUGCUACAGCUGCCAAGCCACUGCAAAAUCAGCCCUCAUUAGCAUGGGUUUGAAACAUGCCUUUCAAUGCACUCUGGGGCUUCCCUGGAUCUAGCUCUCUUCCUGGAGAGUAAACAAACACCAGAAAGCGUGAAGGACAAGCACAGCUUCAGAAGAUUUCUCCCCCAAGAUCAAAUGUCCAUAUUCCUCACGGGCACUUCUCACAGUUCUCUCCUGAAACUCUCCUGAAACUCUGCAAUGGAAGAUUGUCACUCAAUGUAUAGUAUAAUGACUUUCCAGGUUUUUUUGUACCUGAAAGAAGAAAUGUCAUGUUGCCAACAAGGACUAAGAAAAAUAAAAAAAAACUUACUGUGACCACCUGAAUUGAUUUUAUGAUGCUCUCUUAAGUCACAACCCACAUUUCCAAAAUACUAUUCUAGUGUGCCUUCUCCUGCUCCA